CUUUCCUCCCCCAUCAACUUGUUUGUGCUACUAAACAAGUUAAAGCUAUUUUAUUAUUCCAACAAUUUAUAAAAAUGCCACCAAGAUACUCUGCCAGUCUUCGAGGACUUCUGCCAUGGAUGUUCCUUAUGCUUCAGUCAAUAUUUACUUUAGUCUUGUUGUUCUUUUUUUCCCAAGAGUACACAAUAGAAAGAAACCUUCACAGAUAUCCAGCAUUUCAAGAUGUGAAUGUCAUCAUAAUUCUUGGAGUCGGCUUCCUGUUUGCCUUCCUAAGGAAAUUUGGAUUUAGCGGAGUUGCUUUUAAUUUUCUGAUCACAGCAGUUGGACUGCAGUGGGCAACCAUUUUGGAUGCUUUCCUAUUUAACAGGACAGAUGGAGUUCCAGCCAUCAGUUUUUCCAGCUUAUCAACAGGACUAAUGAGCAUCUUUCCAGUCCUGAUCUCAUCUGGGGUUAUCCUAGGAAAAGUAAAUCCCAUGCAGCUGACUAUCAUGACUGUCAUUGAAUUACCCAUAUUUGCUGCAAACAGAUACAUUAUGACAAACUAUCUUUUGAUGAACAAUCAUAUCAGCAUGAUGUAUGCUCAUAUUUUUGGAGCAUACUUUGGAUUGGCAGUGUCAUGGUCACUGGUUCCACCAUUACUUGGCAAUGAGGCUAGUGAGCAAUAUGAAAAAACUGAAACUACCUCAGAACUGUUUUCCAUGCUUGGAGCUCUGUUUAUGUGGAUUUUUUGGCCUUCAUAUAAUUCUCUGUUGCUGAAAGAUCUAAAGCAGAUUCAAAAUGCUGUUUUUAACACUUAUUUUACACUGGCUGCCAGCACUGUUGUGGUAUUUGCUGCAUCUGCACUCUUCAACAAAAAGGGGAAAUUUAAAAUGAUCCAGGUCCACAGCGCUAUGUUGGCUGGUGGUGUGGCAGUUGGAUUUUCAGCUUACAUGAUUCAGUAUCCAUGGAUUACAAUGACCCUAGGUCUACUAGCUGGACUUAUUUCUACAAUUGGACUAACAUACCUGCAGGACACUCUGAAAGUAGUUACGUUGGUACAUGACACAUGUGGUGUUAAUUACACAUUUGGGUUGCCUGGUCUUCUUGGAGCAUUGGCCUAUGCACUUUUAAUUCUGGUGGCAGACUAUGGGAGAUUUGAACUUCCCAUUUACCAAGCAUUGGUUGGUGUAGGUUGUAUACUCCUAACGCUGUCGUUGAGUCUGGUUGGUGGACUUCUAACAGGUUUCUUCUUAAAAUGUAAGCUUCUCAAGCCCCCUAAAGAAUGGCAUUUUUUUCAUGAUCAGCCAUACUGGGAGUUUCCUAAUGUGGACUGCCAUAUUUAACACAUAUGAACAGCAGAUGAAUACAGAGCUGUGUGUCUGAGGCCUUUAGCUAUAUCCCACUCGGUGUAAAAAAUGGACAGUACAAUACAAGUCUCCUAUUUCUACUUUUUUUAUUUUAAUUCUGUUUUACAUUGAUGUGCCAUGUACAAGGGUAGUGUUACUUUUACUUACCAUAAAUAGAAUCUUGUAAAAAGUUUAAAGUAAACUUAUCUUAAGGGAAAUAUGAAGAAUGUCUCUGGCAUCAAUAGUUUUGGACCAGGUACCAAAAUACCAAAACAACUAAUGCACAUACAGUGAGGGA